UGUGUGUGUGUGUGUGUGUGUGUGUUUGUGUGUGUGUGUUAGGUGAUGACACAUGCCUUAUCAUAAAAAGAAAGUAAUCAGACUAAGAGAGCUUGACACGUGAGCAGAAACCUGAAGGAAAUGGUGGUGGUCUAUUGGGAUAUUUGGGGGCAGAACCCUCCAGACAGAGGAAAAGUAAGUACCAUAGCACGAUGCCAGAAUAAGCUGGCCCUGUUGUAGAACACAAGCAGCUAAUUGUAUAAAAGCUGUUGCAUAUGUCUGCCAACCAAUUUGCCCUAGUUGCCUGGAAUUUCCCUGGUUUAAACUGUGAAUACUAUUUGUCGUGGAACCCUCAUAAUUUCCAGACAGAUCAGGAUGACUGAUCAUUUUAUGGGGAGACAAGUAAUCCAAAUGAGAGUUGGUGCUCAGGAUCAAGUGAUGGAAAGGGAUCAGAUUCUGCUUUGGAAGCAAAGACUACAAAUUUUGUUAAUGGAAUGAAUGUGGAAGUCAGAGAAUGAGUAGUUAAAGAUGACUUCUGAGCCCUCUGACCUAAGGAGUGGAGUUGUUGCCUGUAGAACGAAUGAAGACUGCAGUAGGUUUUGGAAGACGGGUGACCAGGAAUUUUGUCUUUGAUCUUGAAGUUUAAAACAACUUAAACUGAUUGGGGCCUGAGUAAUUUUUUUCCUGAAAAAAAGCAGCAGGCCAAGUAACUAUGGGAACCUCAGCAUGACCCAAGAUUGUCAACAGUCCUCCGGAAUGCAUAAUGCUCAGAACCCAGUGACCUGGCUGUUAGGGAAUAAUAGGGCCUGGGCAUUCCAUGGAGUCUGGAUAGCUGGCCAGAUGGGUAGGUGAACUUCCUCUCUCCAAAGCUGUCGACUGGGAACCAAGGCUUGCCUUAAUGGAGUUUCCACAGGAAGAUCUGAGCUUACCUGGUGUGUGGGUCUCCCUGUACUUCGGAUUCCUGGGGCUGUGUUCUGUGAUAACCGGCAGCUGCAUUCUCUUCCUACACUGGAGGAAGAACCUGCGGCGGGAAUUGCGUGCCCGGGAGUGGGUGGAGGCCAUGCGAACCGCCACAUUCACCUACAGCCCGCUGUUGUACUGGAUUAACAAACGACGACAAUAUGGCAUGAGCACAGCCAUCAACACGGGUUCUCGUCGUGCUGCUGCCUACACUGAGUCUGAGGUCCAGAAUUCAGAUGUGUGGCAGGUGGACAUCCCCGAGAUCCAGGACAAUGCUGCCCACCACAGAUACACUAAGACCCAAGUGCCUGGCUCCCUGAGACCUGCAUUGCAGUUGGUCCCUCAGUUCCUCCAUUCCCCAAAGUCUCAGUCCCGUGCUACCUCCCCAGUGCCAGCUCCUGUCUUUCAGGAGGUGCCCACUGCCCUCUCCCUGUGCAACCUUCCUCCGAUGCUGAACCACUCAGUAUCUUACCCAAUGGCCGCCCAUUCUGAGAGGAACAUGCACUUCCAUUCCCUCCCUACUCUGGCCCAUGGGGACUGCUGCUCUCAUGCCAAGACCGUUACUAAAGAACUGUAGUCUCCUCUCAUCAAUGGGAAGUGGAAAAAAUAGCAGAUCAGGAGAGUGAGCUGCCUGGGAGAGCAGGAAUUGGCAGAGGUUAAGGGCCCUCUGCCUGUCAUAUUAAAAAAAAGAAACAAACUCCUUUGUUGCCUCAUUUGUUGUCAGGGGAGCAAACAACCUUCCCAUUUGAUGGAAGCACUUCAUUGACCUGGUACUCAGGGUACCAAUCACUGAGUCUCCAAGACAAACGGGAACUAGAGAGUUCCCAGGGGUAGUUCUUAUCAGGGCCCAAUAUCCCUUUAUCAGUUAUUUAUGACUGAAAUGUGCUGCCUUCUAUAGGACUUUGGUACAGCUGCCACCAGAAUGAUGACUCUUGUGAGUGCAUAUGGUGAUUCCUUCUUUCUGGGUAGGGGACACCACCCAAGUAUGCUCCAGAAGUCCAGGGGCCACACUGGUGGUUCUCAGUAGAACCAGUUCAGUGCAAAGGUAGCAGAUGUGAAGCUGUUCAGGGUCCAGGUGCCAGGACUUACUCAGGCUGCCCUGGCCGUGCUGGGGGCCUCCUGGGUUGCAUCUUAGAGGUCCUUUUGGGGACUAUGUAGAGUUGGGAAUUGAGCCUGGAUCUAGUGCACGCUAAGCACGCUGCUAUCUCCUAGCCCCAAGCUAUGGCAAUUCUUAGAGCCCAUA